CUGCGACUCUGCCGUAUCCACUGACCUCCUGCUGCCUUCCACAUGGAAUCAGUAUUUAUACUCAGCAUUUUCUCGCUAUUCGACGAUCAGUCGCACCCACCCAUACAGUGAACUACCAUCGCCGUCGCCACUGCCCGUCUUGCCACGUUGAGAGGCAUAGCGCCGGAAAUCUCUUAGCUCCAUCGUAUUCUGCGAACCUACUGCAACCAACGCCUAAGAUCGAUCGCCGCCAUGCGCGAGAAAGACCUACGAAAAAUCGCCCUCGAGAGCGGCAAGACUGUGUCGCGCAAGGCGCGCUCAAAGGAGAGCACUCCGCCCAUUAGCCGUGGCAGCUCUGCACAGCCAUCACCACGCGGCUCGCGCAUAGCCAGUCGCCAAGGCUCCGACGACGAGAGCGAGCUAAGCGACACCACGGAAUGGAGUACGAAUAGUAUCGAUGCGCUUGUUGCACCGUCAGAGCUCGAUGAUGGGCCAGGCGACGCUUGGGCGGCAGAACUCGAAGAUUGUAUCAAUACCUUGAUCGAUCGCAAGCGCACCUCAACAGAAGGUCGCGAGCAGUACCUGAGCAGAUUCAACUUGAUUUUGACUCGACACUAUGCGCAAGAAGAGCUUAAGUCGAAGAUUGACGACAUCGUGCCAAUACUCCUGAAAAGCGUUAAGAGCGGUCAGAGUGAGCGCGAGGUCAUCCUGGCUCUGAAAGGGCUGGCUUUGAUCAUCAUCACCGAACCUUCUGAGACUGUUUACGAUACAGUACAAGGUAUUUUCAAGUCAACCAUCAACGACUCGCAACAUGGUCCUGCCAAGGUCGCUGCUAUCCAUGCGCUGAGCAUUGCAACUUUCUAUGGCGGGGCGACAGUGGAGGAAACCGAAGAGGUCAUGCAAUUUUUCUUGGAGAUCGCAUCUUCUGAUGGAGCCGUCGUUGAGGCAGAAGACGAUGCUGAGGUCGUAGUGGCAUCUCUCGGGGAAUGGGGUCUGCUAGCUACUCAGCUCGACGAUAUGGAAGAUGCCACAGAGGAGGCGAUGGAUACCUUUGUCGAUCAGCUCGAGAGCAGCGACGUUGGCGUUCAAAUUGCAGCAGGAGACAAUAUUGCGUUACUCUACGAAAAGAGCUUCACUGAGGCCGAGUCAGAUGAUGAGCCAGCAGAUUCAGAUGACGAAGAUCGAGCAAGAGGCCCACGCAUGAUCAAGCGAUAUACGGUCUAUCGACAGGAACAUUUACUUCAGCAACGACUUGAGAAACUUGCGAAAGGCCACUCCAAGCGUGUCUCGAAGCAGGAUCGCAAGAAUCUGCAUAUAGAGUUCAAGGACAUACUGAACACUGUAGAGAAGCCAACACGAGGCCCUCGAUACAGCACAGCUCUUGACGAGGAAGGCCGCGAAUAUGGCUCUCGCAUGAAGGUGACCAUUCAUGGAGGUGGAAAGAUGUCAAUCGACAAGUGGUGGAAGCUCCAUAGGCUGAGUGCCCUGAAGCGUCUACUUCAAAGCGGAUUCAUGGUGCAUUACGAGCACAAUCAAGUAGUCUUCGACAGUUUACCUGUCAUUGUUGAGGACAAUUAAGAGCUAUCCUGAAAGCGUGACGAGGGAACGGACUAUGUGGUUAUGAAGUGACGAGAAGAGCGGUGCAUUGUUCGGCGAUGAGAUUCCGCUCUGGCAUCUACUAAUGAAAGCAAUUCCAUAUACAUUAUCAAAGGCAUUGAGU